AUGUCUAGCUUUGAUGAGAAUCAGUUCACUGACAAUGCUAUGAGCAUCAUAACCAAUGCAAUGCAAAUUGCAAAGGAUUCGGGUCAUUCCCAAUUCACCCCUUUACAUUUCCUUGCGGCUAUGAUUCCUACUGAUGAUACAGGUAACUCCACACAAUAUUUAAAGACCUUAAUAGCUAGGGCCAGAUAUGAAUGGCCGGAAUUUGAAAGAAUAGUCAAUAGACAUUUGGUGAAAGUUCCUGCUCAAAACCCUCCUCCAGAAGAUAUAAGACCCAGUUAUGCUGCUGGUCAAGUGUUACAACGAGCUCAAAAGGUUAAGGCUCAACAGAAGGAUUCUUAUAUUGCUCAAGAUCAUAUAUUACUAGCUCUUUUGGAAGAUUCUCUGAUACAGCAGAUCUUUAAGGAAGCCGGUAUUAAAGUGGAUGCAAUCAAGAAUGCUGCUUUGGAAUUGAGAGGUAACCAAAAAAUCGAUUCGAGAAAGGCAGACUCUUCAGGGUCAUAUGAAUUCUUGGAUAAAUACUGUGAGAAUUUAACGGAGAAGGCAAGAGAAGGUAAAAUUGAUCCAGUCAUUGGAAGAGAAGAAGAAAUUAGAAGAGUCAUUAGAGUAUUGGCAAGAAGAUCCAAAUCAAAUGCAGUACUUAUUGGAGAACCUGGUGUGGGUAAAACUUCAAUCAUUGAAGGUGUUGCUCAAAGAAUUAUUGAUGGUGAUGUCCCUAGUGUUUUACAAUAUGCUGUGUUGUAUUCUUUGGACGUUGGUGCGUUAAUGGCUGGUGCCAAAUAUAGAGGUGAAUUAGAAGAAAGAUUAAAAGGUGUUUUGGAUGAUGUUUCCAAAUCAAGUGAAUUCAUUAUUUUAUUCAUUGAUGAAAUUCAUAUGUUGAUGGGUGAUGGUACUUCUGAUAUGGCUAAUUUGUUGAAACCUAGGUUAGCUAGAGGAGAAUUACAUUGUAUUGGUGCAACUACUUUUUCUGAAUAUAGAAAGUUUGUCUCCAAGGAUGGUGCCUUUGAAAGAAGAUUCCAAAAAAUUGAUGUUCCAGCUCCCACAGUUAAUCAAACCAUUGCUAUCUUGAGAGGUUUACAACCUAAAUAUGAAAUCCAUCAUGGUGUCCGUAUUUUAGAUAAUGCCUUGGUUACGGCUGCUCAAUUGGCUUCAAGAUAUUUGACUUAUAGAGCAUUACCUGAUUCAGCAGUUGAUUUGAUUGAUGAAGCGGCUGCAGGUGUUGCUGUUGCCAGAGACUCCAAACCUGAAGAAUUGGAUACUUUGGAACGUCAAUUACAUUUGGUUGAAGUUGAAAUCAAUGCCUUAGAAAGAGAUAAGGAUUCUGAUUCUGAUGCUAAGGAAAGAUUGAAAUUAGCCAGGAAGAAGGAAGCUGAAUUAAAUGAAAAGAUGGCUCCUCUUAUGGAAAAGUAUAAGCAAGAAAAGGCAAGCCAUGAUCUUUUGAUUAAUGCUAAAAGAAAGUUGGACGAUUUAGAAAUUAAGGCACAAGAUGCUGAAAGAAGACAUGACACUGCAACUGCUGCUGAUUUGAGAUAUUUUGCUAUUCCAGAUGUAAAGAAUCAAAUUGAACAAUUGGAAGUUCAAGUGGCCGAAGAAGAAAAGAAUGCAAGUGCUGAUUCUAUGUUAAACACAGUUGUUGAUGCUGAACAAGUUGCUCUAACAGCAGCCAGAUUAACUGGAAUACCAGUUAAUAAAUUGACUCAAGCUGAAAACUCCAAGUUGAUCAACAUGGAAUCACAAUUAUCUUCUCAAGUCGUUGGUCAAUCAGAAGCUGUUAAGGCAGUUACUAAUGCCAUCAGAUUAAGAAGAUCGGGUUUAUCCAACCCCAAUCAACCAGCUUCAUUCCUUUUCUUGGGUCUUUCAGGUUCAGGUAAGACCGAAAUGGCCAAAAAGGUUGCUGGGUUCUUAUUUGCUGAUGAGAAGGCCAUGAUUAGAAUUGAUUGUUCUGAAUUGAAUGAUAAGUAUACCGUUUCCAAAUUGUUAGGUACUACAGCUGGUUAUGUUGGGUACGAAGAUGGUGGUCUUUUAACAGAAGCAUUAAUCAGAAAACCAUAUUCUGUGAUUUUAUUUGAUGAAAUUGAAAAGGCUGAUCCCUCGGUUCUUACAAUCUUAUUACAAAUCAUGGAUGAUGGUAGAAUCACUUCUGGUCAAGGUAAAGUUGUUGAUUGUUCCAAUGCAAUUCUUAUUAUGACAUCUAAUUUAGGUGCUGAAUUUAUUAAUGCAUCUAAAUCUUCAAAAAUUGAUUCUAAAACUAAAGAACUUGUUAUGACUGCUGUUAAGGGUAAUUUUAGACCUGAAUUCUUGAACAGAAUCAGUUCUAUAGUUGUGUUCAACAGAUUAUCAAAGAAAGCAAUUUCUAAGAUUGUUCAUAUUAGAUUGAAGGAGAUACAAGAACGAUUCAAGUCUAAUGCAAAAAACUUAACAUUGGAUGUUUCGCCUGAAGCUAUGGACUACUUGUGUUCUCAUGGAUGGUCACCUGACUUGGGUGCAAGACCAUUGAACCGUUUGAUUCAAGUAGAAAUCUUGAAUAGACUUGCAGUCUUGUUGUUGAAGGGACAAAUCAAAGACAAGGAAACAGCCAGAGUUGUACUUGGUAAAGGUGGGUUGGAAGUAUUACCAAACCAUGAACCUGAUGAUGAAGAUAUGGCUGAUGUCGAUGCAUGGCAUGACGUCAACGAAGACGAUGACGAUGAAGAUGAUUAUGACAACUUUAGAUCUGGCUUAGAUUAA